AUGAUUGACACGCCCCACUGCAGAAGAAAGAGGAGAUCCCGCCCCCACGUGGAGGGGACCGGAAGUUCCACCCCCGGACUGCCUGGACGGAGAGAUAAAAAGGGCAGGACUUCCGGAGAGGGGGUGUUUGCUGGGUCCCAGCAGCGGGAGGAAGGCAGGGGCCGGAGGAGGCACCGGAACGAAGCCGGGGUGAAGAUGGCACCAGCUGUGGUGGGGAAGCGGGAGCGCCUCAGCCCGGAAACCCCGUGCCAAGCCCGGGGAACCAGCCAGUCCCCAUCCAAAAAGGAAAUCAAGUCCUCAGGGAGAAGCAGCAAGUCCCCUGGAACUAAGAGAAGCCGGAGUCCUCACCACUCAACAGUCAAGGUGAAGCAGGAAGGGGAGGGUCGGCCCCGGAGAGGACGAGAGGACCGACCGCACCCGGCCCCAUCACCCCAGGAACACAGGAGAUCUAGAAACAGUGAUGGAGACAAGCAUGGUGGCCACUCACGCCACAGGAGGAGCUCUGAUGCAAGGCCCGCAGGUGGCCGGGAUCGAGACAGCCAGGACUUGCAGGCUGUAGAGGAGGAGCCGGAGUUUUGUAAUGCCAGGCACCGGGAGCACCGCCUGAAGAAUGCAAUCAGUGGCAGUGCUAAUGAGGCUGGAGAGACGGCUCCUCAACCUGGUGGCAACAGCAGAAGCAAGGAAGUGCCCGUUAAAGAAAAACCAAGCUUUGAACUUUCUGGGGCACUUCUGGAGGACACUAACACCUUCCGGGGUGUGGUCAUUAAGUACAGUGAGCCCCCAGAAGCGCGUAUCCCCCAAAAACGCUGGCGGCUAUACCCUUUUAAAAACGAUGGGGUACUUCCUGUCAUGUACAUUCAUCGACAGAGUGCCUAUCUUUUGGGUCGAGACCGGCGCAUUGCAGACAUUCCCAUUGAUCAUCCCUCUUGUUCAAAGCAGCAUGCCGUCUUUCAGUAUCGGCUUGUGGAGUACACCCAUGCUGAUGGCACAGUUGGCCGGAGGGUAAAGCCCUACAUCAUUGACCUUGGCUCGGGAAACGGAACCUUCUUGAAUAAUAAGCGUUUGGAGCCACAGAGAUACUAUGAACUGAAAGAGAAGGAUGUACUUAAGUUUGGAUUUAGUAGUAGAGAGUAUGUCUUGCUCCAUGAAUCAUCGGAUACCUCUGAACUAGACAAGGAGGAGGAGAGAAGAGAAGAGCAGGAG